GUUUGAAAAUAUCUAUCUUCAAAAUUACUAUUCUACACCUACUACUGAACAUUCAACUAGUCAUAAAACUAUUAGUACAAAUGAUACAUCAAUGUUUGAGGAUUAUAUUAACGAUUUUUUUGAAUAUACAAUUAAAAGUUCUCAAGCUAAUGAAUAUAAUACACUUUAUAAAGUUAAUCAAUAUUUAGAUGAACAAAUUGCAACUAAAACUACUAAUGUUCUUGAAUACAUUGUAUCUGAACAAAUGUUUAGCUGUGCAGGGCGUAUUAUCGAUGAUGAUCGUGCUUCAUUAGACCCAGACACAGUAAAAGCAUUAAUGUAUCAGCAGAAUUGGUUAGAAGCAGCAACAAAGUUUGAAUGGGACUUAUAA